CGAGGGGCGGGCGACGGCGACGCUCCAGUCUUGCAGUGUACUCUCCAGUCUCGCUGAAGCCGCAUCUUCCUCGGCAGCUGUUUUCUGCUUGUUGUUGUCUUGUCGUUGCAGCUAGGGGUCAUUCCCCCGGGGAGGAGGCCCCGGUGCACCCCACUGCAUAACAUGGAGGCCAAGGCGGAGGCUGGAGACGGCGCUCAGGAAAAUGUCGUGCCUUCUACUGAAUCUCCUUACCAAAGUAGAAGCCAACUGGACCCACGAUACGAAUGCCCAAUAUGUCUGGCCUGUUUGAAAGAGCCUGUUUUAACGUCAUGUGGUCAUAGAUUUUGCAAGGAAUGCAUUUACAUGUGGCUCAAGCGAGAGGGCAGCUGCUGUCCCAUUGAUAACAGGCCUCUUACAGCGGACUCGGAUCUCUUUGUUGACAACUUUACCCGAAGAGAAAUUGAGCAAACCCGUCUGGAAUGCCCACAUGUUGGCAAUGGGUGCAAUGUUGUGUUGCCUCCUAUUGAACUGGAAAACCAUAUUCCAAACUGUUCAUAUCAACGCACUGGAUCGGGACACAAUUCAUUGCACUGUUCCUUUGAGAAUGUUGGAUGUCGAACAACAAUAAGUAGUGCUGAUCAGCUAGCAUCCCAUCUUGAGUCAAAUUUACAUCAACAUUUAAAUCUAUUAUCUAUGGCCUAUGCUAAGUUAAUGACCAGUGCAAAACCCAGUACAAUGGACGCGAAAGCAGAGGAGGCCAAUACUCUGUGGGACCCACAGCCCAAAGGCAGUGGCUCUACUGGCUCCACUGCAGCAACUGCUGGUGACUCUAAUGCUGGAGGCACACACUGGAGAGAACUCAUCAGAGCCUUGUACGAAAGAGUUGUCUUGCUAGAACAAAAGGGGCAUGAACAGACCAUAGAGAUGAACGUUGUGAAGCAACAGCUAGAAAAGAGCAAUGCACGUCUGGAGAGAGUGAGACAUGAAUUAGCAACCAUUCACUGCGGAGGUACUUACGUGUGGAGAGUACCUAAUUUCAGAGAAAAGCUUGCAGCAAUGAAGAAUGAUCCCCUUAUAAUGCACUACAGCCCUGGCUUCUUCACAUCCCAAUAUGGGUACAGAUUUUGUCUGCGGUUAAAUUUAUCGGCAAAAGACAGAAGCCACUUGGCUGUCCUGAUCCACCUCAUGAGAAGUGAAAAUGAUGUCACACUGGAUUGGCCGUUCUCAGGCCGCAUUUCCUUUAAGUUGAUUCAUCCUACUGAUCCCCAGCGUCACCUUAAAGAGACCAUGAUGUCUCGACCUGAACUGGAGGCUUUUAGACGACCUCGCCAUGAGCUUUGUCCUAGAGGCUUUGGUUACACUGAAUUUGUGAAAGUGUCAGAUUUGCUCAGUAUUGGCUUUUUAGGUGAAACUGAUACUUUAGUUUUAAGGGUGCAGGUGCUGUGUGUGUAAGAAUGAUUUCUGAACCAUGAAUUUUGGAAAGCUUGGUACUUAUGUCAAGUAGUGUGUUUCAUUUAUCUGUGAUUUAUUCAAACUUGUGAAGAUCAACGAAGGAAAGGGAACAUCUUUCCAAUAAAAAAGUAAAAUUUUUGUUCAAA